AUGGACAGAAAAGUAGAGGGCACAUCAAGUGAUGGAAACAACAUGAAUGAAGGCAUGUUGGUGGAAAUGGGCAAGGAAUGUCAGAUCUGGGGCAGGCGGGGAGGUCUGGGUCAUUGGUGGCCAGAGUUGGCUAGGAGCUGCCACGGCCCCGGCUCAAGCUGUUGCUGGUCGGGGACGGCGGCAGAAUUCGGCCUGACCUGGGCCCGGCUGCUCUGCUUCUUGGGGCUGCUGGGGUUGGUGUCUGCCACCUGGAACCUGGCCUCGCUGAGAUGUGGUUUCAGCGCCUUCUGCAAGUGUGACUUCCUACCCGACCUCCGGGGCCUAGAGUGUGAUUUGGCCCAGCACUUGGCCGGGCAGCAUCCGGUAAAACAACUGGUGAUGAAGGGACUGAAGGCUUUUGUAGAGAAUCCGGCACUAGCCAAGCCGCUAGUGAUGUCCUUCCACGGCUGGACUGACACAGGCAGCUCCAUGCUGGUCCAGUACCUGUUCCAGGGCAGGAUGGCCAGUCCCCACGUGCAUCACUUUUCUCCUGUCAUCCACUCUCCCCAUGCAGACCAGUUGGAGCACUACCAGAGUGACCUGAAGCAGUGGAUCUUGGGGAACCUCACAGCUUGUGGCCAUUUCCUCUUCCUCUUUGAUGAGGUGGACAAGAUGCACCCAGGGCUGUUAGGAGUGCUCCGUCCCUUCCUGGGACCCUCAUGGGUAGUCUAUGGUACCAACUACCAAAAAGCCAUCUUCAUCUUCCUCAGCAAUGCUGGCAGGGAGCAAAUCAAUCAGCUAGCACUGGAUGCCUGGCAUGCUUGCAAAGACGAAGAGGAGCUCCAGCUUCAGGAUCUAGAUCCUGCCAUCUCCAAGGCCAUUGUGAACAAUCCUCAGCAUGGUUUCUGGCAGUCGGCAAUUGUAGAAGACCGGCUCUUGGACUUUCUGGUCCCCCUCCUGCCCCUCCAGCAUCACCAUGUGCGGCACUGUGUGACCAACGAACUGGCCAAGCUGGGCCUGGCCCAGCAGCAGGAGGAGGAAGUGGUCCGGGCUGUACUGGACAGGACUGCCUUUUUCCCUGAAAAGGAACGACUUUUUUCUUCCAACGGAUGCAAGACUGUUGCUUCCCGAAUCACCUUCUUCCUUUGAGUGGGCUCUGCCCCUGCUGACCUGCUCGUGAUUA